AUGGUAACUUCACUUCCUAAUACUAUUGUUUCAUCAACAAAGUUUAAUUUUAUGAGUGGAAAAUUUGCGUUUCUUGAUUCUCAUCAUCCUGAUAUCCCUGAGCCUCCCUAUCCUCCUCAUUGUAUUAAUGGAACAGAUGAAGCUGAGCUUGUUCCUGCACUGAAAUGGUUGGAGAAUAACUCUAAUGUAACACUUAGGCGCAAGGAGUGUAUUGAUGGAUUUCUUGGCUCUUUUGAGAAAGAUGGAUCCAAUGUCUUUGUAAGUUGGGUGAAGAAUAAUCAAAUUAAAAUUGUAAAUAUUGGUGUAGGGAUAUGCACAGACAUAUGUGUGCUUGAUUUUGUAUGUUCCACACUGUCUGCCAGAAAUCGUCGUUUUCUUGGUCCUCUGGAGGAUGUAAUUGUGUAUUCACCUGGUUGUGCAACUUACGAUUUGCCUGCUCAUGUUGCCGAUACUAUCCCAGAUGCUCUGGCUCACCCACAGGAUUUGAUGCAUCACAUUGGACUCUACAUGGCAAAGGGAAGGGGAGCCAAGGUAGUAUCAGAGGUGUCCUUUGAUGCAGUGAAAGAGCCAUGAUCAUAACCCGGUGUAGGCGCUGGAUAGUAAAUAUAUUUUUUUUUCUUAAUACUGAUGUUAAAUAUUGAUAUGGUUUAGUGAGGUUUGUGAAAGUGGAAAUGUUUUCUAUGCUUCGGUUGGAAUUCUUGAAUGACUACAGUAGUGUAAAGAUGUUACCAUACUUAUUUGCAGUAUAUAAUAUGGGAAAUUGUUGUA